AUGCCGGGGGAGGGGAGAGCCAGCCGGCGGCAGCUGCUUCCACCCCCUCACCCGGGGGUCCAACGGCUUUCUCUUGCAAAUUCCGGUGCCCGGGGAAGACCAGCCAAGGUGGCGGGAAGCGGAUCCCCUCGGCUGGCUCGCUCUCCCCUCCCCUCGGACGGGGUGAAGGAGGGGCGGCGCCAGUCUGGAGUGGGGUAUUGCCACGGCUGGCAGGACGGGGCGGCCUGGCGGGACGGCUUCCAGUGCCCGGAGCACUUCGACGACGGCGACGCCACCAUCUGCUGCGGCACUUGCGCCCUGCGCUACUGCUGCGCCCGCCCGGAGGCGCGCCUCGACCAGGGCGUGUGCGACAACGACCGGCAGCAGGGCGGCGCCGAGCACGGCCGGCCGGACAAGGACGCUCCCGACGGCGCCGCAGUGCCUAUUUAUGUUCCGUUCCUUAUUGUUGGGUCUGUUUUUGUUGCAUUCAUCAUCUUGGGAUCUCUGGUAGCAGCUUGUUGCUGUCGAUGUCUGCGACCCAAGCAAGAGCCUCAACAGAGCCGCGCUCCUGGAAGUAAUCGGAUAAUGGAGACCAUCCCCAUGAUUCCAAGUGCCAGCACCUCCCGAGGGUCCUCCUCUCGUCAGUCGAGCACUGCUGCCAGCUCUAGUUCGAGUGCCAACUCUGGUGCCCGGGGUGGCCCUACCAGGUCACAAACCAAUUGCUGUUUACCUGAAGGGACCAUGAACAAUGUGUAUGUGAACAUGCCUACCAACUUCUCAGUACUGAACUGCCAGCAGGCUACACAGAUUGUGCCCCAUCAAGGUCAAUAUUUGCACCCACAGUAUGUGGGAUAUGCAGUGCAACAUGACUCUAUGCCCAUGGCCCCUGUGCCUCCCCCUUUCCUGGAUGGUUUGCAAAGUGGAUACAGGCCAAUUCAGUCUCCUUACCCCCACAGCAAUAGCGAACAGAAGAUGUACCCUGCAGUGACUGUGUAGCUUUAAGCAGGGCAGGAUGGAGUGAAACACACACACACACAUACAAAGACACAGAAGCAAAACAGAUGAGCAAAAAUAUUUCUGCGACAGGCUGUGAAUAGAGGAGAAAUGCUUCUGGAUGAAUUUUGCCAAACGUAAUUUGUAAAUAAUUUUGCAAGGCUCAUGCAUGUCAGACUGUAUUUAUAAACAGUUUCCUUUUCAUUGGGUUUGGUUGCCAAAAAAAAAAAAACCCUGUAAGAAGAUAUGAUAGAAUUAACGUUUCCAGAUAAUGCUUCCAUUCCAGUGCAUGAUUUACAGAGGCAAUGGAUUAUAGAGAAGAGACAUCUACAUUUCAGUUAGACAAGUGUGCAAGGGAGUGAUUAAAUGUCUGAGCCACUAAGAGCCCUUCAGGUGUUUUACAGUCAACAGUGUUUUCCCAGUCAAUAGAAAAUACUCUGUAACAUGGUGCGAGAUAAUAUUUUAGAAUUUGUCUUUUCUUAUCCCUUUGCCCUGAGUCUAAUGACACUUCCUAUUGCUGAACUGACAAUCACGCUAAUGACAAAACAACUGAACAGUGCAAUCCUUGUUAGUGAUAUCUGUCCUAUGAAUGCGAAACUAUAGGGAGGGGCCAGAACAUAGUGGCUCAACACAGGUUCAAUCCCUGAGGUUUCCAGUUGGAUCAGGAGAAGAUUGAGUAGCACAUGCCUGGAGAAAACUUCUGUAUGAGACCCUGGAGGAAGGGUUGUUCAACCUAGACCACGCUGGACUAGUAAUUUGACUUUGUAAAAGUUACAUAAAAAGUUCCAGAGCUGCUUCUUUUAAAACAGGAUAGGGCAGCCUUCAGACUCCAGAGGCCAUACAUGAUUAUCCCUGGAACUUAAGUGGUUGCCUGUAUUUACACAGCACUAUCUGCCCCAAUGUUUUUCACAAAAAAUUAUUUUAAACCAAAAAGCCCCCUUACACCCUCUUGUGGCUGGUGGUGGGGAGCAGGGUUGCUGAUGUUGUGCCGAACAUGAUAUGGUUGCCCCACUGUCCUUAGAGGGUACAAGGGGACAUUUUGAGACACGUUUCCCCCCC